AUGGCGGCGUUGACAGCCGCCCCCUCGCUCUCCUCUGCGGCCGCGCCCGCCUUCUCUUCUGUUGCUCAUAAUGAGAGCAUCUCUGCGGGCUCUCAGCUUCUCGGAUCCGCGUUCUCUGCGCUCACCCCGCGCACCCUUUUCCUCCUGCCACUUCGCCUGAUCUACCGCGCCGAGGUCUUUCUUUUUACUACACUGCCCAACGCAAUAGUUCGGCUCCUCGGGCUUGAGAGGUUCAUUUCAUUUUUGGCUGAAGCUGGGGCUAAUCUAACUGUCGGGAUUGCGGGUGAUCCUGCGGCGACGGCUGCGGGCGGAAUGGGUGAUGCUGGGACUGCAACAGCGGCGGCGGGAGCGGCUGGUGCAUCGGGGUUUUUUGCUGGGCCUAUGUUCCAGAGCCUGAAGAAGUUUGCUGGGUUUUUUACAUACAUGACGAGCAAGUGGUGGAUGGGUUGUUUUAUCGUGGCUAUGGUUUUGAACCGUGUUACGAUUUACGCAUCCACUCGACGGAAUCUCACUUUUACAUGGAACCGGAGGCUGCUUUUACGGAUUAUUCCUGUGGCGCUCUUUAUUACACAGAUCCUCUCGUUGUUGCGAGCAACUCGCUGCCAAACAUCUCCAAAUUAUGCGAUGCUCCGAUAUGGAAAACCUAAGAAGCUGUCCACUCUCGAUUUUGCUGCCGAUGGGGGUGUUUUAUAUAAUUUAACGUCUUUUCUUCUACAGUGGGAGGACGAGCAUACGUCGUGCAGCGCAGUUUCGAUGGUACAGCCUACGAGUUCCGGAGAUAUUCCUUACGGCUCAUUCUCCUUCCUCUGGCCGGCAUUUUUGCGCCUUUGUUUAAGCCAUUUUGUGGAAACGCUUUCGUGCGCGCUCCAAGGCAAAGCUGUGGCUACGGAAGCUGGGAUGUCCAUUUUUGAGCAUAGUCUUGCUUUUGCGGAAGCUGAAACUAUGCUCACGCAUUCCAUCGGCCUUGGGGUCUUUGGGAAUAUCAAACCCGCUGGCUCUGCUGAAGCAAACAAAGCUAUAUCCUCUGGAACGGGACAGUUACUGACUAGAAGUCAAGUUCUAGAAAGGCUGAAUGUUACCCCGGAACUCCUGUUGAUCACGCUCAUCUCCAGCUGCAAUAGCCUCACAUCGAACCUCCUUGAUAUUUUUGGAAAACAAAGCCGAUAUCGACUUAUCAACACCACAAUCUGGGGUCUCUGCUUCAUGGCAUGUAUGAUCUGGGGCAUUGUUAAUCUUUCACCCCUUAACAAAGAUGCCAUGAUGUUGCGGUUUCCCACCGUUUGCAUCGUGGGCUUUAUACCCCAUUUGCUUAUCCUUAUAGGCAUUUUGACUUGCGGCGGCAUAUACCUCCUUGCCCUUCUUUUAACAGCAUUUUCUUUACCUUCCGAUACCCCUGCUCCAACAUCUUUUCGAGAGCGGCUGCGUCUUGCACACGCCAACAUGCAAGGGGCCUCGCAUCUCCAAAAUAUCAGAAUAAGCCUCCAUGAUGACUUCUAUACCACCCUCGUGAGGAUUGGAUACUCUUCAUUGACAGCUGCGAGCGAAGCAGUUUUCCUAAAUGAGGGCAAAGGCGUUGUCGCGAGAAGAAUGACGUGGCUGGAAGAAGAAAGACUUGAUGAGAUUUUAGCAUCUAGCUCUAAUGCCGGACAACAACCAUGGCUAUCAUUGAGCGACCUAGAUACUCAUAAUGGCACUACUUUGGGGAGGACGUCGGAUGCGUCCGAGUGGCGAUCAGGCUAUGACCGAGAGAAAAAAACAGACAAAAAGAGUCGUGCUGUACGACCAGCGAGCAGUGGGCCCAAUCUCGGAAGCGUUGGCAUUCUCCAAGCCACAACUAAGUUCUACUAUAUCUUUUCCUUUUCUAAGGGGAUUUAUUUCCUGGUUGUUGGCUGGGCUGCCUUUGGACUCUUGAAAUUACUAGACCGCCUCGGAAUAACAAAUCACCCACAAUGGCUGGUCAAAUUGGCCGGCACACCACGCAAAACUACUAGUAGAAAAACGAGCCCAAGACAGACAUCGCUAGAUUUCUGGAUUCUUACCGAUGAGGGUGUGCUUGAACUCCCUGAAAAUAAUGACUUUGAUGUGGAGAAAGAAAUGCGCAAGAGGGAGGAGAUGCACAGCACUUCUUGGGGAGAGACCCAAGAGCUGCGAUUUGAUAGGAAGCUAUACAAUUGGUGGAAACUUGGAGGAGCAUGGGGCGAAAGAGAUGAAAGCGGUGAUUACAGCUUGGACUCCGAUGACUGGGAUGAUACAACCAGUGUCAUCUCCAUGUCUUCAAACGUGGGCAGUGAGUGGGAAUCAGACGUGUCUGAGGGUCGAACAACACCCACACAAGAAAAUCCAUAUCCAACGUCAUCUAGAUCUGCAGUGCCUGAAGCACUGAUUGACACAGACGCCCUAGCCCGCUUGCUGGAUCCAAAAGACAGCGAGAGCAGAUUGGAGGCGCGCAUCCUCUCGUCACAUUUAGUCGCCGGCCAAGAGGGCAGGAUUAUGACACGAAGCCGGUUCAAGAAGCAAGUUGAGAUUGAAAGGGCCCGAGUUCUCACCGUUGGUGGAUCUAAUUACCCGUAUCGCCGCGGUCUGGCAGGCGCCUCCAGUAAAACAAGGCGGCCUUCGCCGGAUGACGAAGCUGAGAUCUUGGAGAAGCUUAUUUUGUCCAAGCGCUUAGGGAACCAUGCCCACCGCCCUGGCAGUAGCACUACGACUACCGGCCGAGCUCCAUCGCCGUCUUGGGAGCAAGGUGCCUCUGGGUUGGGCCCUUCUGGCCCACAGUGCGUGGUGUGCCAAGGUGCUCCAAGAUCUAUCAUCACCUGGCCUUGUCGUUGCCUUUGCAUUUGCGAGGAGUGCAGGAUAAGCCUGGCAAUGAACAAUUUUGGAAGUUGUGUUACUUGUCGGCGGGAGGUUGCAGGGUUCAUGAGAUUAUGGGUUCCUUAA